AUGGAGCUUCCUCUCAUUCCACUUGCGCUCGCUUCUCUUCUUGGGAUCCACGGUAUACGCAAAAAAUCACUCUCUCUGAGUGGUGCAGCAACAGCAUUCUUAGUCGGUCUCUCGGUGUUCGCAGGUCAUGUCAGAGUAUUCGGGGUGGCUUGUGUCGUGUUCUAUCUCACAGGAAGCAGGGCUACCAAAUUUGGGAAACAGAAAAAAGCCAAACUCGAAGACGGGUACCACGAAGCUGGUUAUCGGUCAGGCUGGCAAGUCUUGAGUAACGCAUUCUCCGCGGUCGUAGCCUGUCUACUGUGGAAUAUUUUGUUCACCCCGAUGAGCUUUCAGUCGCGUGUUCUUAGUCGUCCUGGAGUGAGAGAGAAUCUUUUUGACCUCUUGGACGCGAAGCCGACGGAAUACGAUGGUGACUGGUGUCCCAUUGACCGUACCAUCGCAAAUGGAUGGAGUCGGACAUUGGUUUUUGCUGCGUUGGGACAUUUCGGCUGCUGCCUGGGAGAUACUCUCGCCUCCGAGCUUGGGAUCCUCUCUAAAUCAAGACCUAUACUCAUCACCACUCUAAAGCCAGUUCCUCCGGGCACGAAUGGGGGAAUGAGCGUGACGGGAACAGUUGCGUCUAUAACUGGCGGAAUCGUCAUCGGUGUUACAAUGAGUUUGUGUUUGAUCGUAGAAAAUGCGAGGUGUCGAGAGUCUUCCAUCGGUAUCAUUCUUGAUAUGGUCAAGUGGGGUGCGGUUGCUGGCGGAGUCGGUAGUCUGAUAGAUUCUUUCCUAGGAGCGACCGUUCAACAAACGAGAUAUAAUGUGGACAAUAAGAAGAUUUUGCAGGAUGAGAGCGUGUCAAAGGGUCCUGUUAAAGUCAUCAGUGGGUGGAAUGUGCUCACCAACAACCAAGUCAAUGUUGUUUCUAGUAUCUUCACGAGUCUCUGGAUAUGUCUAAUGUAG